GAGCAGUGGAUCCCCAGGAACAGAGUUAAGAACCACUGCACUAAAUGGAUUCAGUAAUGAAUCAUGUUGUGAUGUUGCAGAUAUUUAAUUAGAUUCUACAUGCAUUAUUAAAUUGCCAGUGGAUGCAGUGUUUCUUCUUCUUCUUCUUCUUCUGGAUCUGAUGAUGUUCACAGGUGACCACAAUCAUCGGGUGAGGUCAGGUGAAGUGUGUUUGUAGCAGAUCAAAGCAUCUGUUCAGUGGCUAAAGGACGUUCUUCUUGAAGAACAGACUCCCUGCGUUCUUCAUGAGUUCUUUACACACUAUCUCAGAGCUCGCAGAGCCUGACGAAUCUCUGGAGCUCGCGUCUGGAGCUCAGAGCAUCCAUCGGACCAGCAAAGACUGGGGUUUAACCCUCAAAGAGCACGGGGCACCUACUAGACACCGUGAUAGACGGACAACUAAACGGACAAGCAAGUCACCGUCUCAUAAGCAGGUGAAUCUGCCGCGGUGGCUGGUGAAUCUGAUGCGAGACAUCGAGGAGGCCACGACACAUGAGCUGACCAUUGAAUGAAGAUCCCUCAGACAGCAAGUUUUAACAGCCAACACAUCUUCACCUCUCUUGACACCUGAGGCCAUCAUUUGUAUUUAUUAUAAUUUUUUUUUUUUUUUUUUUUAAUAUGUAUUUGUUCUGAAGUUUAAUUCUCCAUCUCCAGUGCAGUGUUUUUGUUCUUCUUGCACAAUCUAUGGCUGAACUUGUGUGGGUGGGAUGUAAAUGAUUUGCUUGUGGCGUGGAGGCACUGAUGGACCUACAGCAAUCCUGAAGAACAUCAGAUGUGUUUGUUUGAGCAGACAAACAAAGUUUGAACUCAUAAGAUGUGCUCACCAUUAAAGCUUGAUUCAAUUAUUAAUGCUACUAGAAUCACAAAUCUGUGGUGUCUGAUGUCUUCAAACUGACUUGAACUAUUGGUUGACCUCAUGCAAGAGAUCGUAGUGUCCAAAGCUGGACUAAUACUACACCAGGAACUCUUAAUUACAGCGCAGGCACCUCAUGACAAACAUGUUAUGAUGGCUGAAGACCUCAGAUUAACCCGUCCUGUUAUUCAAUGACCACAUGACCUUGUUUUUGUGACCCAACUCAGUGUGGUCAAAAACACAUUGAGAUAUGCUGGCAUAUCUCCUGUUGUGUGACAGGAAAAUGUGUUUAUAUGCUACGUUAUUGUUGUUCAUGCUCAGAAAUGAGACUACAAAAGCUGUCAAUGGGAUGGUAACUUUUCACUUUUCAAAAGAUACACCUUACUUAGUACCUUAUUUACCCCUAAAGGUGCGUAUUACACUAGUCAACAUUUGAAGUGGAUCAAAACCUUUCAUCAAAGUUGUCCUAAAACCAAAAUGUGUUGUCUUCGUACAACUUUGAUUUUUUUGUUUUUUUUAAUCCACUUCAAAUGUUGAGCACUGCAGUUACAUUUUAAUAUGCAAUUAUGCAUAUUAGUACAUUUUAAAGAGGUGCUGUCCCAGUGACCGCUUUUGUAUGUUUUUUCUUUCUUUCUGAGAGUACAGAUGAUAAACAGCAGCAUCAUGAACCUGUUACUGGUGAAACGGGUCACAGAUGUUGCGUCGUCCCAUAUUGCACACUUCGUCCUAGAGUAAAUAUUGACGUCUGCGCAACCAGAGCAAACCUGUGCACUGAAAACAGCAUAAUUAAUACAGGCGAGCGGCGGGUCAAUGAUUAACUCCUCUGAGGUCAUCAUGUCACGGUAUAAAAGCUUGGCAGACACGCACAGAGAGCAGAUCUGACACACCGCAGCAGAUAUUGGCUCCAGCGCAUCUCUUUCUGCUAUGAGAAGGCCAUGUGUGUUUGUGUUGUUGGUGAGCGUCCUCGUCUGUCCGGCGGAUCUGUCUCCGGUGAUCGGGCCUGAGCCCAUCCGCUGCGCUCCAUGCUCUCAGGAGCAGCUGGACUCCUGUGCCACCGUGUCCUCGGACUGUCCCGAGGUGCUGCGAGAGCCGGGCUGCGGAUGCUGCAUGUCCUGCGCGCUGAGGAAAGGAGAGUCCUGCGGCGUUUAUACAGCUCACUGCGGCGCUGGCCUGCGCUGCGUCCCGAGACCCGGUGACCCACGGCCGCUGCACUCGCUGACCCGCGGACACGCCGUCUGCACUGAGGACCACCAGACACAAGAUGCCUCUCUCACCAAUGAGCCGGACAUCACGUCUGACCAUGGCUCCUUGCAAUAUCUGCUGGGACUCAACCGGCCGCUGGACCCGCAGGACGCGGCGGAGGCUCAGGAGAGCAUCAAGGCCAAAGUCAACGCCAUCCGGAAGAAACUGAUCCAACAGGGUCCGUGUCACUCUGAGCUGCACGCAUCUCUGGACGUAAUCACUGAAUCGCAGCAGACGUUAGGAGAGAAGUUCACCAGCUUUUACCUGCCCAACUGUGACAAGCACGGAUUCUACAAGGCCAAACAGUGUGAGACGUCUCUGGUGGGCCAGCCUCCACGCUGCUGGUGUGUGUCGUCCUGGAACGGGAAGAGGAUCGCUGAUGAUCUGGCGUCUGAUUCCCAGUGUCAUCAGGAGCUCACGCACUGAACCCAAGCUGCUGCUCACUUCACUUAUGUACCGUAUUUAUUCUUAUGUAUAUGUCUCUUAUUUGGUUAAUAUUUAUGAACUGUUUUGUGACAAAAUUCUACCAGAAUGAAUGAAACAAACACUAGAAAACAUGCUGUUUUUCAAACUCCACCUCAGCGAGAUCCAGAUCUGGGUCUUCAAAAACUCAAAGAUGAAUCUUUACGCUCCACGAUGACGUUCGUUGAAGAGUAUGAUAUAUUAUGAUGAGUCUCUGAUUCUGCCUCGAUCUUUGUUUGCUGUGGUUUUUCCUGACCACUUUAAUUCAGUAUAACCUUUUUUUGCACAGCAAAUGUCCAAGGUGAACCUGCUGAUAUUAUUCUGUGUAAACGGCUUGAUUUGUUUGUUUUCUGUAAGCUCAGUUUUAAUUGCUAUAUUAUUUGACUAUAUGUAUAUAUGCUGUAUGUAUUUAAACCCGAUGUCUACCUCACUUUAGACAUGACGUCUUUAUGGACUCCCUGAAUGCAUUUAACAUAUUUAAGAGUGCUGCUCUAUUUAUUCUGAAACUAUUUUAUUGGAUAUAAAUGUAAUGUAUAUAAUGAGUGUAUUUCAAUAAAGUGUGAGAGAUUGUA